CCCUGUCAUGGAGAAUGAGUGAACACUGGAGAACAGGCUAGCUUUUUGUUUUACACUGGCUAGCUUUGAAUCUCUUCUACUUUAAUUUUUACGGAACAAAUUUAACAAUAUUUUCAAGCAAACAAAUCGGAGAUGAAUCUUAUUCAGUCGCCGAAACCGACCGCUUUUACGGCCAUGAACUAUUGCAUUUGUCGUCAAAAUGGAGGAUUGGAAACUUGGACCGACGGCUCCGGAGACUCCUCGCCGGAGAUUGCCAUUGGCUCUACAAUAUGUUCUCACAACGGGAAUGUUGUGCCAAAUGAUAAUUCUAAACGGCCCAAGAGCCUGGAAGUCACCUCAACAAAUGGGUAUGCAACAAAAGCGAGUCGGGAGGACAGCGACGUCGACGACGGCUCUUUGCCGUGUACUCCGGAGAUUCAGUCGGACGGAGAAACCGAUGUCCCUAGUUGUCCAGCAGGGGAUGAAGUGUUGGAGGACGAUACGAGGCAACUUAUUAGCCAGUCCAUGAAAAGCUUUACCGGACGCUCGAUACCGCGGUGGACUGAACACAGAGCACUACAAACAAUGAAGAGGGUUGUGGACGGCGUUUUGGAAAAACACAGAUACGCAUACAAUGGUAUGAUCAACAAACUGUCACUGGACAACACAGGGGAUGAUGUGAGGUUUGUCGGUGCAGUAGCGAAGAGCCUGUUCGCAGAUGGCACCACAAACUGGGGUCGCAUCGCCAGCCUGGUGGCCUUCGGGGCGGUGGUGUGUCAGCGCAUGAAGGAGACAGGCAGGGAGAACUGUGUGGAAUCUGUGGGGCAGGAGAUCUCCAAAUACCUGCUGUCUGAUCAGCGAGACUGGCUGGUGAAAAACAACUCCUGGGAUGGCUUUGUAGCGUUCUUUCGAGUAGCAGACCCAGAGUCUAAAGUGAGGAACACACUCAUGGCCUUUGCUGGAUUUGCGGGAAUCGGCGCAACACUGGCCCUGUUGAUCAGGUGAAUUUGGACACUCUUGAGAUACGUUCUCGAAAAGAAGAUGGAAGUGAAAGCUGAUCAUCUUUAUUGUUGAGCUGGAUCACACCAGUAUGUGCUGGGUUCCCUUCCAGCCAACCUGACAAAAUAAGAACUGUGCUCUUGAGAUAAAGAACUGAACUUUGCAGUCAGGCUUCAAACAAUUAGGGUAUUUAAUUAACAGAUUUAUUUUUAUAAUGAUUGUAUAUAUUUUAUGGAAAGAUUUUUUUUUUUCUUUUCAUUUUUUUUCUUCUUUAUUUUCUCAAUUCCUCUUCUUCCGCUUCUUAUGUCUAUUGAUAAAUAUAAAACAAUUUUUUGGCACAGGUGUUUGUUUGAGCGGUCCAGGCCAAAGCAGGAAGGGAAAAUUGCAUUUUUUCCAAUGUCAUGCAGUCGUGAAGCCCAUUUCCAUAGAGCUCAUUCAUAACCCCUGGAUCGUUUGUAUGGAAACUUCAACAGUGCAUAGGGGGAGGGGUGCAUUUGCAUGAGUGUAGCUCUAUUUCCCUUCCAUAUGAAAAUGUUGGAUCUGCACGGAGACACAGGAGCAGCCACAUGCAGGACUUUUUGCUGCACAGCAGCCUGGAAAGUUUGAGUCUCUUGGAAGAAAUGAACAAGGACUGUGAGUUGGAAAGAAAAAUGCAGAUUGGGCUGUUCGACUGCAACAGAGCUGACAGUUGGGAGAUGGAUGUUCAUAGAGAAAGCUAAGCUAACAUGUAUAGAUCAGCACAAUAAAAAAAGAGCAAUAUAAUUAA